CCACCACCACCUCUUCCGGACGGCUGCCAAGGGUGUCCCAUCUCUUGGGACGUCCCUGGUGGCUCGUUCCUCGAAACUUUCCCAGUCGGCCGGUUCUCAGACGGUCACGGCGCUUUGCCGUUCACCCUGGAGAUGCCCACCUUCGACAAUCCCAAGGGGCGAGCCAAGACUUGUCAACAACGGCUCGCCACCACCGACCCCUGCUCCGAGUGUGCGGCUAUCCCAAAGGAGGUGGACCGCCUUCGCCCAAUGGCUAUCAGCGUGGCUCCUCAUACCCGCUAUCAGUUCCUCAGCAUGCUUCAGCUCACCGAGCUCACUCGCUCGCUGCGAGCGCAGAUCAACGAUCUCAAGCUUAAUUCGCUCAACGAUACUCGGCGCCUUGGCAACACGCUCGCACGUCUCGACACGUUCAACGCGUUUGUGAUGGCCCUAGCUGAGCAUAACGUGCCUCGCGUUCACCAGCUCAUCAGCGCGGCGCUUCGGCACGGUGACAGCAUGCACACGAUCCUGAAUCGCCUGGGAGAAGCCAUCAAGAUGGUCUACAAGCCCCGCGGAUACACGGCAGAGGACCUUGACCUGGCCAAUCUUGUGUACCGGCUC